GGAAAAUGUUGCAGUAGCGCUAAGAGAGAGAGAGAGAAAGAGACUGCAGCAUUGAAGGGGAGGCAACAGCAGCAGCAGCAGUCCCGAGCAUCGCAGGUGAGAGGGAGGGGGAAAGAGCUGGAGGAGGAGGAGUGAGAGAAUGCGGGACUCUUAGAAAGCCGCAUCUCCUCUCGGUCCACCGCCGCUGCAAGCUUGCAUCCAUCAACCCCUCCAUCCAGAGGACGGAUUAUUCCCAAACUGAUAUAUAUUGGGGGAGGCGGUCAACUCCAAAAAAAGGGGGAGACACAAGUUGUUUUUUUCCUUUUAUUUCUGCGAGGAGAAAAGCUUUGAAGAAAGUCGCUCUCUUCUCCUAACUUGCGUAAAGGAAUCUGAGCGCUUGGCACGUUGCUCCACUGCGGGAAACGCGCCUGGAUUAGAAGUGGUGCUGCAUUGCAGUUUCUAAGUGAAAAGCCUCUGUCCCGAAUGUGACCGGAAUCAAAAUAACUUCCCAACGGGUGUUAUGAAUUGAUAAGAGCCUCUUCAGGAUAGCUCUACGGUUUAAAGAGGGAAGCGGAUUUAAUCAAAGGUUGAAGAACAGCAAAGUAAGGAUGGAUUUUUUUUUACACCCUUAAAGAUGGGAGUAAGACUGCAGAAAUAAUUUCAUAGAAGUUGAAAACCCACCACUGAGUGUAGGAGGAGAGUUGGGGAAAAAAGAGAAGAAAGAAAGGAUCUCCUGAAGUGAACUACACUAAAGCUUUUUUUUUUCCCGGACUCCAGUCCGCAGAGAGCGAUAGAGAAGGUAAGAAAGGAUAAAUCAGACACCCACGCUGUGAAGCUGCACCAGACCGCAAAACACCAAUAAACUAAGAGAGGAGCCCACCGCUGGGGGAGUGAGGAGGAAGAAAGCAAGAAGGAGCCAUGCCGCGGCUUGGUGCAGUGCACUUAGUGGUGUUGCUGCUGCAGCUGCUGACUCAGCUACCGGCUGCAGACUCAGCUCUCCGGUACCGGGUGGCGGAGGAGGGCCCGCCGGAUGUCAGAAUCGGCAGCGUGGCCACCGAUCUGGGCCUCACAGCGGGCACCGGCAGCGGGGAUGUCACCUUCGCCCUGGAGAGCGGCUCUGAGUACUUCAAGAUUGACAACGUGACAGGUGAGCUGACCACAGGCCCGCGACGCAUAGACCGAGAGAAGCUCCCACAGUGUCAGAUGAUCUUUGACGAGAAUGACUGCUUCUUGGACUUUGAGGUGUCAGUGAUCGGGCCUCUGCAGAGCUGGGUAGAUCUGUUUGAAGGCAGAGUUGUCAUCACAGACAUCAAUGACAACACGCCUUCCUUCCCCUCACCUGUCCUGCAGCUCUCUGUGGAGGAAAACCGCCCCAUUGGCACUCUGUACCUGCUCCCAACUGCCACUGACAGGGAUUUUGGGCGGAAUGGCAUUGAUCGCUACGAGCUUAUCCAAGAUAAUGGAGCUGGGUCAAGUUCAACAAGGCGCACAGUAGGAGGAAACCCCAUUACUAGAGUGGAUGGACUUGACCGCAGGGGCAGAAGUGGUGAUAGUGGAGGAGGAGCUAGGAGCACUGUGUUUGAGCUGCAAGUAGCGGACAUACCAGAUGGUGAGAAGCAGCCUCAGCUCAUCGUGAAGGGCACACUGGAUCGAGAGCAGAAGGACUCAUAUGAGCUGAUCCUCAAAGUUCGAGAUGGAGGAAACCCACCUCGUUCCUCUCAGGCUCUGCUCCGGGUUUCUAUCACUGAUGUGAAUGACAACAGCCCACAGUUUGAGAGGUCCACAUAUGAAGCUGAGAUGACUGAAAAUGCUCCUCCUGGUACACCUGUUCUCCAGGUCAGAGCUUCUGAUCGAGACAUCGGAGUGAAUGGGCAGGUGGAGUACGUUUUUGGAGCUGCCACUGAGAAUGUCAGGCGACUUCUGCGCCUGGAUGAGGCCACUGGUUGGCUGAGUGUUCUUCACAGGAUUGACAGGGAGGAGGUGGCGCAGCUGAAGUUCACAGUGAUGGCCAGGGACCGGGGUCAGCCUCCCCGGACUGACCGCACCACAGUGGUUUUGGCUGUGCGGGAUGAAAACGACAAUGUUCCAGUUGUAGAGAUCAGAAAGAUCGGGCGGAUUCUGGUCCGGGAUGGGGCGGCACUGGUGCCAGAGAAUGUUCUGGUGGACACACCUGUAGCUCUCGUUCAGGUGUCUGACCGGGACCAGGGGGAGAAUGGGGCGGUGACCUGCACGGUCGUAGGAGAUGUCCCAUUUACUCUGAAGCCAGCCGGCGAAACGCUCCUCCCACCCCCACCUGCAGAUGAAGCCUUUGACAGAAACAAGAAGAAGUAUUUCUUACAUACGUCAGCCUUGCUGGAUUAUGAGGCCACAAAAGAGUACAGUGUAACCAUUGUUGCAGUAGAUUCUGGCAGUCCCAGUCUAUCCAGUAACAGCUCAUUGAUGGUGCGGGUGGUAGACAUCAACGAUCAUGCCCCAAUCUUUGCCCAGAGCAAUGUGGAGGUCCACUUUGCUGAAAAUAAUGGACCUGGUGAAAGGGUGGUCACUGUUGUAGCUACAGAUGCAGACAGUGGAAAAAAUGCUGAAAUUGCAUAUUCCUUGGAUCCUGGGUCUAACGGACCCUUUUACAUAGAUGCAGAUAAUGGUGAUAUCAGAGCUACAGGGACCCUGGACCGGGAACAACAAGAAAGGUAUGAGUUGAGAGUAAUUGCCAAGGACAAAGGAACACCUUCUUUGCAAGGCUCUGCAACUGUUCUUGUACAGGUAACUGAUCGCAAUGACAAUGCACCAAAGUUUGUUCAAGAGAUCUUCACAUUCUAUGUGAAGGAGAACCUACUUGCCAACAGUCCUGUCGGCAUGGUAACAGUCACUGAUGCUGACGAAGGUGAAAAUGCUGAGCUUAGCCUCUUUGUUGAGGUAGAUGGGGUUGGGGCAGACACAAAGACAGGGGAAAAAGUGGAAGGAGAAGAUGGCGGAAACGAGCAAGAAGAGCUAUUCUCCAUUGAGAACAACACCGGAACAAUCUUUUCAGCUGCAUCCUUUGACCGUGAAAAGCUUUCCACCUACACCUUCCGCGUUAGGGCCGUGGAUGGAGGGGAGCCACGCAAAACUGCCACCGCCACUGUCUCGCUAUUUGUGACCGAUGAAAACGACAAUGCACCUUCAAUAACCUCUCCUGCCAAUGAAUCCUACACGCUCCUACCACCUGCCAGCAGUGCCCGCACCAUUGUCAGGACUGUAACAGCCAUAGACUCAGACACUGGCCCAAAUGCAGAACUCCACUAUGCAUUGGUGGGAGGAAAUCCCUUUAGACUUUUUGAAAUUGGCCAAACUAAUGGAGUAAUCACCCUGGCAGAACCUUUGGAGCGACGCCACAGAGGUUUGCAUCGCCUUGUUGUACGAGUCAACGACAGUGGAAUCCCCUCCCUUUGUGCGACGGCACUGGUUCACGUCUUCAUCAAUGAGAGUUUGGCAAAUGCCACCCUAGUGGAUGCACAGGUUGCCCGCAGCCUGAUGGCCCCUCUGUCUCUAGACAUUGCAGGGGACCCAGACAGUGAACGUGCAUUUGGAAAGCAGCGCCUCAGUGUUGCGAUUGGCAUCCUCGCGGGAGCUGCAGCAGUCAUCCUGGUGAUUCUCCUUGUGGUAACUGCCAGGCAGUGUGGCGCUCAGGGUAAGAACGGCUAUGAGGCUGGUAAAAAAGAGCCAGAGGAAGACUUCUUCAGUCCUUCUGGGGCUCAACCACAAGCCAGCAGAGGCAGUGGUUCCGACCGUGGUCGGAAGCCGCGAAGAGACAAGCGUGGCGGAGGCAGUGGCAGUACAGUCGGAGGUGUAGGGAAGUCAGACAGGUCUCUAUACAGUGGCAUCGUCACCGUCAAUGGCUUGCGUCGCCACGUCAAUGAUGAUGAUGACGAGGAACUAAGCAGUGCCAGUGAGCGCCUAGCAGCUCGCUACUGUGCUAUGGAAGGGGACCCUGGUAGCCCAAGAAUGGGCGGCGGCAGAAGACACCAGUCAAGCCCAGAUCUGGCCAGACACUACAAAUCUAGUUCACCUCUCCCUGCAGUGAAUCUCCAGCCUCAUUCACCCCCAGCCGAGGGAAAGAAGCACCAGGCGGUCCAGGAGCUUCCUCCCUCAAACACCUUUGUGGGCAGUGGUGGAUGCGUGGGGAGUGCCGGCUCCAGUAGCAGCAGCACAGGAGGUAGUGGCAACGCAGACGCCAUGUCCCUGGGAUCAGACCAGUGCUCAGAUUACAGCUGCCAGGCUGCGAACAAGUACAGCAAACAGGGGACCCUUCGCCGUGUGACCUUCUCGGUUGUGAGCCAACCUCAGGAUGGUGGUUGCUAUGACAGUGGCCUAGAAGACUCUGAGACACCAAGCAGCAAGAGUUCGUCGGGGCCACGGCUGGGAGCCCUUCCGCUUCCUGAGGAAGGUUACGAGCGCACAACCCCAGAGGGAAGCGUAGGGGAGGAGGACCAUGUAGAGAAUGAUGCGAGACAGCUUCCAGAUGUAGCACUAACUGGAAAGUGCACCAGGGAGUGUGAUGAAUUUGGGCACUCUGACACAUGCUGGAUGCCCGUCCGCCCUUCACCACGGCAACGGCAGCGGCACGGCAGCGACCCUCCACGCCUUUCAACCUUCGCCCCAGGUGACGACAACAACAAUCUCCGUGGCAAUGACCGUGAAAGCGACAGCGAAAGCGCCGGCAGUGCAGGGAGCUCAGAGGCUGGAGUCAUGGUGGGAGGAGAAGGUCAGAGGUUACCUAUGGUCAAUGGGGAUCCCCUUGGCACCUUGGGACGUGGCGACCGCAACAGGAACAUGGGCGACCACAACCGAAAUCUUCUGAAUCGUAAAAUGACUUCCGCAUCCUACGACACAUUCAGCGGGGCGGGGCUUGGGAGGCGCCAGCCCGAGGAGGAGGGAGGAGAGGGCCAGAACCCACCUGAGGUCAUACCACUGGCGCGGACUGGAGGGGACUACAAGACAACCUCCUGCCUUACUUUAUCUCGUCGGGAGGUCUACCUGUAACAGCCUGUAGAUGGAUCAAUCCCAAUCAAACUACAUUUGCUUGUUGAAAAGAGAGGUUCCAAACUGCUCUGACAUGUGAUCAGUGUGGUUGGUAUUUUCAGCCUAUGAAGAUGUGAAAAGGUCUCAUGAAUACUUUUAAAAGCUUAUAUUAAACUUUAACAUUUAGACUCGGACUAACAAUUAUCAGCACUUAAACUUGAGCGGGUCAUUUAUGAACUCUCGUACUAGGUACUCUUUCUAAAAAAAACUUUUUUAUAACUGCUGAAAGCUACCUACUGUAAAAGGCAAUGACUGUGUGUCUGCGUGGAGCAAAAGAAUAUUUUCUUCAUUUUCUUUUUUUUUUUACUAAAUCCAAUGCAUGUCUGACCCUUUGACCUUUGAGGUUUUAAUGUAAAGAAACUGUGUGAACUCUGAUGCUCUAAAUGGCUACGGGCAUCUAAACAAACUGAAGCUUUAUCAGGCCAAACCUGGAUUCAAAUGGUGGGAUAAAGCUGAAAGACAGCUGAAGUUUUCUCCUGGGGAUAAAAAAAAAUGACAAGAAGAAAAUUAUGUUUUCUUCAAAUGAAUGAUCUGAUUCAAAGUGGUCAAACUUUCCUAUGCUUACGGUGCCUUGCAAAAAUGUUCAUACCCCUAAAUCUCUACCACAUUUUGUUACAACACCAUACUUAAAUGUGAUUUAUUGUAAUUUCACUACUAAAUCACUACAAAUCAGAUGCAACGUAAUAUAACAAAUAAUAUACCAUUUCUAGAAUAACAACAUAUCCAACAUUUCCGUUCUACUUCAAAACUUAAAACUGCAUAUUUUUGAAAACACUAUCAUAGACGCAUUACAUUAUUGGGUGCCUUUUUCAGCAGGGAUAUGGAAGAUGAUGGAAGUUGAUGAAAAAAAUGGAUGGAGCUUAAGGAGUGAAAUUAAAGAGGAAGACCUGUUAGCUUCACCACAAACCUAAACAUUUAAGCAGAGCUAUAAUGGAACGGUUUCAGUUAAAGCAUGUGUUAGAUUGGUACACAGGCUCCUAUGCAAUCUUGGAAAGUCUUCAGAAAUCCAGAAUUUGUUUAUGUAUUUUUCCAUGUCUGGAUAAAAUCAGCUUUGAGGAAGUAGCCUGUGGGUGUUGGGCUUUAUAGUAAACAGAUUAGUUAAUAAACUGAAAAAUAGCAGUGUCUCUCUUAUAAAUUCUUUUCAUAAUUUUAUUUAGGGAAAUCAGAAUAAAUGUGACUGAAUAAAAAGGCAACAGUUUUCAGAUUAUUACAUGUUAACACUUUGGUAAACCUUGUAAUUUCCUGCUGCUGCUUAGCAAUUGUUAACUACUUGUGUUGGUUUGUCACAAAAAAAUAAUCAAUAAUCUAUUCCGGUUUUAACUUGACAAAAGGUGAAAAAAUCCCACAUGUAUGAAUUCUUUUGCAAGGCACUGUAUUUUAAUGUAUCAUAACCGAGGUGUUUGAUAUUAACCAGCUCCCUGAGCUUCUUAUAGUGUAAACAAAGAAUCAAGGAAGUUAUUACAAAACAAAAACCAGAACAAGACUUUUUUUAUACAUCGAUGAAAUGUAACUACUCACAAGAUUUUCAUGGAGUGUUGCUGGUAGCAGAGUAUUCUGCUGCAAAUGCAAAUGUAUGUUUGUAUGAUUUUUUUCUUCAUACCCAGUCUGUAUGUAUAUAUCGUACGUCUGCAUUGAGCAAAGUGCAGUGCUUUUAGGCUGCUGCUCUCAGUAGUUUCAGAGUAAACAGAGGUCCCAACUUCAUUAUGCAUCUACACAUACACACACAUAUUUAUAUAUAUAUAUAUACAUAUAUACACAUGCAAGCAUGACGUUGCAAACACAUAGUGUACACACAUUAGCAUGCACCCUCCAGCUCAUGCAGAGCAUUUGUAGAGUUCGUAUAAGGCGAGUUUUAAGUCAAAGACAGUAAUAACUUACAUUCACUUUCAUGCAGUAAAAUCAUGCAAAAGAGACAAACAUCACAGAUCAAGCACAUCCGGAAGAAAGAAACUGAGAUUUUAUUAAAUGCUCAGUUAGUAUGUUUGUGCUUUUUUCAUGUCUUUUUUUUCUUAUGCAUUGCCUCAUCAAACUAGCUGUAGUGUUUUGCCUGUUCCUCUCCAGCCAGUAUUUAAACAUGAAAAGUAUUUAAAUAAUUACCCAUCUCUCUCUCUCUUUUUCUCUCUCUCUCUCUCUGACUGAUGUGAAAGGCAACAUUAAAGAGAAUUUCAGCGGCAUCUACUCUUAAAGAAAUGAUAGAAACUGUCAGAGUUAGAGAUAAUCUGCAUAGUGUAAGUGGGACUCAUGUAAAAGAUCCACCUCUCUGUAAUUUCUAUAAGGAAUAUAAAGGAAAGAAAAAGAAACUGCAUGACACAAGAUGCAAAUGUCUUUUUUUCUCUUUUUUAACAAAAAAAAGCUUGUGCUUUUUGGACAGUACCACCGUUUGAAUACAUCUCUAUUAAAUGGUUAUGCAUCUGGAAGGGGGUGGAGAUAAUAAUGGCAGACACUGGGAGUUAUCUGCAUCAGGGUGGAUGCGUUUGGGCCUUUUCUCGCAGAGUUGUAAGGAAACAUGCCAGAAGUGGAACGAGUGCGUUCGGUGGGAGAUCGGUGUUCUGACCUAAACACGCCCAUACUGCUGUGCCAAUAACAGACUCUUUAAUGUCCCAUCUUACCCAUCAGCUACUGCAGCAGCAUCACUGACACACUCGGCUGCGUUGUGCAGAGGAGUGGGUGUGGAUCGAGGCCAACGCGUCUUAAUUUCCAUCAUCGGAGUGUGCGUGUGUGUGGCUCCAUGGUGUGAUAUGGAUAAUAGGGUUAGGUCGUCCCUGUGGUCUUAAUGAGUUUCCUUUCUCCUCUCCUCUGCUCCCUUGAUCUGCACUGAUCUCAUUAAUGUCUGGAUAGGCAAAUGUAACCGGUGGAAACUGCCAGUAAGCCUUUCUCCUAUUUUAUCUGGUUGUUUAGAUUUAGACUAGACAAAGAGGAAAGAUGACUCAGGUGUGCUAAGACAUAUUCCAUUUUUAAGGAGGUAGCUGCAAUGUGUUUUUCUUAGAUUUAUUGUAAAACAAGUUCAUCAAACUUUACUGUUAUCUGCUAAAUCUCAAACGAUGAGCCCACUCAUGCAUAUAUUCCUCAGUCUCCAUUACUUUCAACACCCCUGACAUCUAGCAUGGCUGUUUUACAGAGCUCUGUUCUUGACGGACUGCACUGAGGAUGUACCAAAAACUGUGAACGCUUGAAGACUCAUUGAAAAGCAGACUCCUGAAAAAGGUCAUUAGAAAAAUGGCCCCCUGCUGGAAAGAAAAAAACCUUGGGAUACCUUUUGGGAAAUAUACAGGAGACUUGUCUUAGAAGCGCUUUUUUCAUCAGACUGCUAUCUUAUGGCAGUUAAAAAAAAUGGCACCUUUCGAACCCCUUCCUAUCUGGAUUUCAGAGGACUUGCUGUACAUUGAACUGUGUGGGUGUGUUCAUUUUCUUUUUAUACUGCACGUUUAAAUCUGAAUAUGUUUUAGACUACUGAAUAACGAAGAGGAGAAACUGGGCGGACUGGGAUCUGUCAUCCACAGAGACAUUUUUAAAAACUCAAGCCUUUUCUUCUCUUGCUGUUUUAUUCUUGCCUUGUACAUAGAAAAUCUACACUGUAGAAAGACUCCUGGAAACCCCUAAGAGAAGAUGGCAUGCUUAAGGUUCAAAUCUGCACUCAAGAAAAAGAAAAUAAAUCAGAUGAAAAUCUGGUUUGAUUUUCUUUUUCAUUAUUUUCUCAUCUUAAGGGUCUGUCUUUUAUGUUGUUGUUUUUUUUUUUGUUGUUGCUUUUUUUGACUGUUUCCUUCCUGUAAUUACAUAAUGAACUAAUUGCAUUUGCUAUGUUGAUUAAGAUGAAGAGGAGGAGGAGCAAAUGAAUGGUUUGGUAAUGAAGAUGAACCAUGUACAAGUUUGACUUUCGCAUUAAAACCUUCAAACACACAGUUGCCUUUCA